GCAAGGGGAUGGAAGAGAAAGCAGCAGAAUUGCCAGUUCUCUCUUUUUUUUUUGCACGGAUUCACUCCAAAAUAGUGCACGAAAGAGAAUAGCCGGAAUGCACGCGAAUCGUGCAGUGGAGCUCCUGGGUGCAGUUAACCCGUGCGGGGGCACGACUGCUCAACACACCCUCUGAAACUCACGCCUUUGCCCUUCUUUAGGACCUGAGAUGAGGAGACAGUGCGCAAGUCCGGAUACAUCUGCAGUAAAUAAAGCCUAAGAGAAAAAGAAAGACCCAGUCCACUUCAGGGUGCUGGUCCUGAGGAUCGGUACCAUGUCAUCAGAAGAAGUCAUUGCGAUCACCAUAGAAGACAAGACCUACAAUGUCAGCAAGAGUAAGCUCAUUGAGAAAAGCGACUAUUUCAGAGCCCUCUACAACUCGGGGAUGAAGGAAUCUGAGGAGGAUUCGGUCCAACUGCAAGGUUUGAGCGUCCAUGGGCUGGAGCUGGUCAUUGAAUUCAUCAACACCUCCAAAGUGCACAUUGAGAAUGAGACCUUGGAAGAUCUGGUCGAAACAGCUUCUUUCCUUCAGGUGACUUCCAUCUUGAAGCUGCUCCUCUCUGAGAUCAAGUUGGAAAAUUGCGUGGAGUUGUACAAACUCUCAGAGACCUAUGGUAUCAGUGAUCUGAUGAAUGCUGCUCUCAAAUUCAUGGUGUGGUACUACCAUCCCAUGCUCAGGAAACAAGAAUUCCGACAUCUGCCCAGCAACUUGCGCCAACAGAUCAAGGAGAUGCGCCUCAAAGGCACAGCUGUACUGGUGGCGGUUGGCGAUUUAUUUAGCACUUCUUUGGAUCUGGCUCCAGAUGAGCCAUGGUCAAUGCUGAGGUACGACGAGGUGAUACAAAGAUGGCUUCCCCUUGCCAACAGCCUCCCUCCGGACAUGGUGAAUGUAAGAGGUUAUGGUUCCACAGUCCUGGAUAACUACCUUUUCAUUGUUGGGGGAUACAGGAUGACGAGUCAGGAAAUUGCUGCUGCUCAUUGCUACAACGCCUGCAAAAAUGAGUGGGACCAGAUUGCACCAAUGAAUCAGAAAAGAUCAAAUUUUAAACUUCUGUCUGUAGGCAGCAAACUGUACGCAGUUGGUGGUCAAUCACUUUGCAAUGUGGAGUGCUACAAUCCUGAGAUGGACUGGUGGAAUUUUGUAGCCUCGAUGCCAUAUCCUCUUGUGGAGUUCUCAGCUUGUGAAUGCAAAGGGAUGAUUUACGUCAUGGGUGGAUAUACUACAAGAGACAGGAAUAUGAACAUACUGCAGUACUGCCCUACCUCUGAUACCUGGACGGUGUUUGAAUCUUGUGAGAUCCACAUUCGCAAACAGCAGAUGGUUUCCUUGGAAGAUACGAUUUACCUUGUGGGUGGCUGCAUCCAUGAAAAAGGUGGCAGUAGGAAGGGUAACCAAACUGAAGACAUGUUUAUAGUGCAGUCCUACAAUGUGACUACAAGGGAAUGGCUCUACCUCAAGGAAAACACAUCUAAAUCUGGACUAAAUUUAACUUGUACGUUGCACAAUGAUGGAAUAUACAUCAUAAGCAGAGAUAUUACAUUGUCAACCAGUCUCGAACACAGGGUAUUCCUGAAGUACAACAUAUUUGCAGACAGGUGGGAAGCAUUCCGGCGUUUUCCAGCAUUUGGACAAAACAUUUUGCUGUGCUCGCUGUAUUAUCCCAAUGUCAUUUAGAAACCAUUGCUUUGUGUGGAAAUGCAGUCAAGCUUAACUGCAGCAAGAUCCAUAAGUGAGAAUCACACAUAGAAAUGGACCAAAUGGAGCUAGACUACCAGAGAAUGAGUCUUAAAACUGGAGAAUGUCCUCGAAAUGUUUUGUUCUAUCCAUAAAACUAUAAAGGUUAAUACAACCAUUAAUUGCCUCCUACACAAUGAAAUAAUGGUAAAUCUGCAUUAAGAAGAAAUUGGGGAAUAAAGUCAUUGAAAAAAAGCUAAUAUUAGUCCAAAACAAACCAGGACAAAUGCACUAUAGUUAUAGAGAAGUAAUGAAUGAAGAGACUUGAGAGGCGAUCAAAUAGGGUAUCUGAGGCACAGGAGAAGGGGCUUGAGCCUCUGCUCUUGCAUAGCUAUUAAUGGAAUUCCUUUAUUUCUAAUAAAACGCAAUGGCGAUAUUAAUGAAUGAA